AUGGAGUCGCCCUCGUUCAAGAUCCUCCAUCGCUGCGCUGCUGUAUGCAAUGAUGCCUCUUUUGAGAGCUCGCCAGAGAAUAUGGAGAAGCCCGUGUGGGACCGCACGUGUGUGAACGGCAAUGCUAGCGACCAUGGAAUAUUCAAGUUCACUGUGCUGGCUGGAGAGGACGUUGUGAAGGAUCUCCGAUCAACUUAUAGGAUCUCUGGAGACGGCACUGAGCACCCUGGACGCGUACCGUUCAACUCGAAAUACAAGUUUGCUGCUAGUCUGUGCAUCAAUCCGGACAAGGCUGGGAUCAUCGAAUUCAUGAAGGGCGCCCCUGAGCAAGUCUUUGACCGCUGCUCUCACAUUAUUGAGAACGGCAAACGGGUCCCGAUCACACCAAAACACAAGAAGGCUUUCUCCGAGGCUAAUCUGCAUCUGGCUAGUUUGGGCGAGCGCGUCUUGGGAUUUGCCGAGCUGGAGCUGAACCCCGACAAGUACCACGAGGAAUUCAAGUGGAACACUGAGGACUUCAACUUCCCUUUGGAGGGCCUCACCUUCUUGGGAGUCAUCUCUCUGGUCGACCCGCCGAGGUCGGGCGUGCCACAAGCAGUUGCCAAAUGCCAUGGGGCUGGCAUUCAGGUUAUUAUGGUCACAGGAGAUCAGCCGGCCACAGCGAAAGCCAUCGCUAAGCAGGUUGGUAUUAUUAAAUCUAAAACGGCUGAUGAAAUUGCGGCGGAGCGAAACUGUGACAUCAAGGACGUGCCUCUGGAAGAUGUUAAUGCCGUCGUCAUUCAUGGCGAUCAGUUGAAGGGGAUGACGGACGAGGAUUUGAAGUUCGUGUUGUCGCACUAUAGGGACAUUGUUUUCGCGAGGACAACGCCGACCCAGAAGCUCAGAAUCGCCGAGACUCAGAAGGAGCUCGGAAAGGUGACGGCCAUGACCGGCGAUGGC